GUCUGCAAAUGACACUCGCAGAUUCAUUUAAAAAGUUAAAUUUAACACAAGACAAUAGCGCUUUAGCUACAAAGACCUUAUUAUUCAAGUCUAAGAAGUCACAGCUUCCAAUCCUCGUUUUAGCGGACGCGAACGCUCCUGCAUCUGCUACAGAGAUUGGUAAGAAGAUAAACGUUAAAGAUUUGAGAGCUGCAGAUGAUAGUUUAUGGACUACUGUAUUAAAAGCAGCCAAGGCAGAUGCUUCUCCAUUUAACUUAGACUCUGACUGUCAUAUCGUUCUCGACCAAUCACUCUCACAAUCAUCUGCACCAAUACAAGUCAAAGGUUUAGACGGAAAUCUCACUUCUAUCGAUUCAAAAACACUUACUGAAAUUCUUCAAUCAAACGCAACAAAGUUUGACAAAUUAGACUUCGCAGCUCCUGCUGCUUCACCUGCUACUUCUACUCCUGCUCAACAACCAUCUUCACAACAGCGCAAGCAAGCUGGUAAGAUCGCAGGUGCAGCAGAAGUUGCCAUUGGUAUCCGUAAGGAAGUCGAUUUCCCUAACUGGUACACUCAAGUAUUGCUCAAGGGUGAUAUGUUAGACUACUAUGAUGUUUCCGGCUGUUAUAUCCUCAAGCCAUGGUCUUUCAACAUCUGGCAAUCAAUUCAGAAGUUUUUUGACGCUGAGAUUCAAAAGAUUGGUGUAGAGAACUGUUAUUUCCCACUUUUCGUUUCAUCACGCGUUCUUAACCGUGAAAAAGACCACAUUGAAGGUUUCGCACCUGAAGUUGCUUGGGUUACAAAAGCAGGUGAAUCAGAUCUUGAAGAGCCAAUUGCUAUUCGUCCAACUUCUGAGACUGUCAUGUACCCAUACUACGCAAAGUGGAUCAGAUCUCACAGAGAUUUACCACUCAGAUUGAACCAAUGGAACAGUGUCGUCAGAUGGGAAUUCAAGAACCCACAACCAUUCUUGCGUACUCGUGAAUUUUUAUGGCAAGAAGGACACACUGCACACAUUGACCAUGAUAGCGCAUCUGAAGAAGUUGAUCACAUUCUCGAUUUAUAUAGACGCAUUUACGAGGAAUUACUCGCUGUUCCAGUCAUUCCUGGUAUCAAAUCUGAGAAUGAAAAGUUCGCUGGUGGUUUCUACACUAAAUCCGUAGAAGGUUAUAUCCCAACAACCGGUAGAGGUAUUCAAGGUGGAACAUCACACUGUCUCGGUCAGAACUUCUCAAAGAUGUUCGAUAUCACUGUCGAAGACCCAGAAAUAGCAAGAAAGGCAAAUGCUGAAGGUCGUCAACUCAAGGAAGGUGAAGCUAAGAAGUUUGUCUGGCAAAACUCAUGGGGUUUGUCUACCCGUACAAUUGGUGUCAUGGUCAUGGUUCAUGGUGAUGAUCAAGGUUUGGUCUUACCACCACCAGUUGCUUCAGUGCAAGUUGUAGUUGUUCCAUGUGGUAUCACAGCUAAGACUUCAGCUGCAGAUGCUGAAGCUAUCGAAAAGGGUGCUAAGAGCAUCGCUGACAGAUUACAAAAGGUUGGCGUCAGAGCUAAGGCUGAUUUGAGAGAAGGUUACACCCCAGGAUGGAAGUUCAACGACUGGGAAAUGAGAGGUGUACCAAUCAGAAUUGAGUACGGACCAAUGGAUAUGAAGAAGGAGCAAGCACUCUGUGUACGUAGAGCUGCUAAUCCAAAUCAAGAUAAGGAACCACUUCCAUUAUCUGAGUUAGAAACUGGUAUUCCAGAAAUGUUGAAGAAGAUCUACGACAUUAUGUUCAACAAGGCAAAGGACUCAUUCAAUGACUCAUUGGAAGUUAUCAUGGAGGACUUUGACAGAAUAGUAAAGGCAUUGAACGAGAAGAAAGUUCUCGCUAUCCCAUGGUGUGAAGAAGUUGAAUGUGAGAAGGACAUCAAGGAGCGUACUGAGAACGCAUCCGAUGGUGAAAAGGACGAGAAGCAACCUUCACAAGGUGCCAAAUCACUUUGUAUUCCAAAUGAUCAAGAAAGAUUCGGUAAGAUCGAAGAAGGUAAGACUUUAUGUGUUGCUUGUAAAAAGCCAGCAAAGAGAUUCGCAUUAUUCGGUAGAUCGUAUUAGAUAUUCUCGCUGUAAUUUUCUUUUAAAUUUCUUCAAAUCUAUAAUAUAUUCAUU